UGUUUUCUGAUGAGCGUGUGUCAUGCUGGUCGAGUGUGUGUGUGUGCCGUCGCGAUAACCACCCCAUGGAUCUGUGUAAAACGUAACGUUGUGAAUGUUUCAAGAAGAUGCGGUUAUAUUUCAGCCUUUUGUUGCUGUGCGUUCCUUGUAACUGUUUUCCUGACCAGGGGAAGUGGUCCUUCAAGGUUGAUAAUGUGUCCAAUCAUUAUUUCGCCGUUCAGAAGAGCCUGUACAAUGGAUCCACGGUCUCUGUGACAAUUUCCUGCGAAGCGAGCGUGCCCGGAGACGCGCUGACGCUGCAGGUCGGCUGGACGAUGUACCGCAGCCCUUGCUUCCAGGAGUUCCUCGACGUCGACCUUCUGACGCAGGAGCAGCUUGCGGGGCUGGACGCCGGCGCGAAGCUGUUCGAGUUGGCCACAGCGUACAGUCGCACCGAAGACGAACGCCACCAGUGCCUGCACCUGAUCGACCUGGGCGCGCUGCGGCACCGUCCACCGCUGCUGAGCUUGAAACCCAAGGUUGCAGGAGGCAAUAAGACGGCAGUCGAGCCAACAGAGCUGCCGCCCCUGUCUAGCGUGAACGAGGAUGGCAUCUACAUGCUCUUGCUGCACGUGCGCUCUGAUGGCAACUUUUCCUUGCAAGUGGACAUGUCCUUGCGGGGCAGCCACGGCUACCUCUCGGCCGUUGACUGGCCCUUCCUGCCGUUCUACGGGGUGAUGUGUGGCGUGUACGUGGUGUACGCCGUGGUGUGGCUGGCUGUGUCGGCACUCCAGUGGCGAGACCUUCUGCGCAUCCAGUUCUGGAUCGGAGGUGUCAUCUUUCUGGGCAUGCUGGAGAAGGCAGUCUUCUACGCCGAAUACCAGUCGAUCAAUGCAACCGGUCGCUCGGUGCAAGGGGCCGUGCUAUUUGCCGAGGUGCUGUCGUGCCUCAAGCGGUCCCUGGCACGGCUCCUGGUGGUGGUGGUCAGCCUGGGCUUCGGCAUCGUCAAGCCCCGGCUGGGGCCUAUGCUCCACCGUGUGCUGGGGUUAGGGGCCGCCUACUUUGUGAUGGCCUCCCUCGAGGGAUGCUUGCGCACACUUAAGCCCAAGAACACGCCUGACCGGUUGCUGACGGUGCUGGGCAUAGGGCUGGCCCUAUUGGACAGCGCCAUCUGCUGGUGGAUCUUCAGCAGCCUCAGUCAGACAACACGCACACUGCGGUUGCGUCGCAACGUCAUCAAACUCUCCCUAUACCGUCACUUCACCAACACUCUGGUGUUUGCCGUUCUGGCAUCUGUUGUGUUCAUGGUGUGGGUGACUUUUGACCACCGCACGGCUGAAUGUCUGACGGACUGGAAGGAGCUAUGGUUUGACGAGGGCUACUGGCACUUGCUCUUCUCCCUGGUGUUGCUGGUCAUCAUGGUCCUCUGGCGCCCUACCAACAACAAUAAGCGGUAUGCCUUCACGCCACUUCUGGAUGCUGCUGACGAUGAGCUGGAGGAGGAGGAAUUCCAGCAGCAGCCUCACGAUGCUUUUGAGGGCAUGAAGAUGCGGUCCACCAAGCCAGCAACAGGCCAGCCAGCUGCCAACAAGGAGGAUCCAGAGGAUGACCUGAAGUGGGUCGAGGAGACGAUUCCCUCAUCCCUGGGAGAAACGGCCCUGCCAAGCCUUUUGGACUCGGAUGAGGAAAUCAUGACUGUACGGUUCGAACGGAACAAGAUGGAGUGAAGACAAGCUGUGUGUGUGUACAGCUACCAGCCAAGCACCAGAGGCAUGUCCAUGUCCAGUGUGCCUGAACUGUGGGACAAGAAAUGUGUUUGCCAGUCCUUUCGAUUGAGGCUUCCUUCACUUUGUGACCCAAAACCAUUUUUGGUGUGAGAAAAAUCACACUCCCAUGGAUUAUCACUUGGCUGUCAUAAUACUUGCCUCGGUAACUUCCCUAUUUAUUUCAGCUAGCCAAGUGGCAUGGUGAAUUGUUAUAUAAAGUGUGGUGUGUUGGCGGUGUUACUAUGCACAA